AAAGGACAAAUCUCAGGCAUUAGCUUCCACUCAGGUUCACCAUGCAGGGGCUCCUCUUCUGCUGCCUUGUGGCCCUGGCCACAUGUCAGAGUGUCCAUUAUGAGCUCAGCCUGAACCCCAAGAAAACCUACGAGUACAAAUAUGAAGGAGGGGUGAAUUUUGGACUCGGCGCGCCAAACCUUGCAGAAUCCGGUGUGAGAAUGACGUGCAAGGUCAAGAUCGUCGGUGUGUCUGCACAAACAUUCAUCCUCCAGGCUUCAAAUUUGGUCUUUGAGGAGUUCAACGGCUUCCCGGGGAAAAAUACCUAUAAUGCCUCCCCAAAGCUCACGCAGCGUAUUGCUGCCCAGCUCAUCAAACCCUUCAUGUUCAACUACGCUGGUGGACAUGUCAGUGACAUCCAUGCUUCUGCUGAGAUUUCUGACACUGUUGUCAACAUUGUGAGAGGGAUCCUGGGUUUCUUCCAAGUCACUGUUAAGACAACACAAAGGAUCUAUGAGCUUGAAGAGGUUGGCAUCCAUGGCAAGUGUCAGAGUAACUAUGCUACUGAGGAAAAUAUGGAAACAAAGGACAUGACCAUCACUCAGGUUGUGGAUGUCAGUGGCUGCAGGGAAAAAGCUGCUAUCUACAGGGGAAUGGCUACAGCUGUGCUCGAUAAGAUCUCCAAACAGAGAGGAGAAUCUGUCAUUUCAACAGUGAGAUAUGUUUACACUGUGAAACCAACAGAGGAGGGAGGUCUCAUUACCCAGGCUCAUGGCCUGGAGCGACAGCACUUCAGUCCCUUCAAUGUGAAGGGCGGCAGUUUCAAGAUGCAAGCAAUGAAGGAAAUGGUGCUGCUCGGUGUGAGUGACACAGCUAGAGCCGUCAUGUUUGGGCCAAUGGAAAGCAAGGGCAACCUUGUUUACAAGUUUGUAAAUGCAGAGGCUAAUGUCCCCAUCAUGAUGCAGAACCUGGACGACCCACUACCAAAGGCUGUUGAGUUGAUCAAACAUCUGGCUGAGGCUAAUAAAUACGAGAUUGACAGUGCGACUACUGAGGAUACUAUAAAGCUGUAUCAGCUUCUCAGAGUGAUGCCUUAUGAAGAAUUAGAAGCUAUGUGGAGGCAACUUUCAGGAAAUGAGGAGCACAGACGUUGGUUUUUGGACAUGAUUGUUGAGGUCAGUGAUGCCAGGAUCCUGAAGUUCCUGGAAGUCAGGUUCCAAGCUGGCGAUAUAUCUGUCAUAGAAGCUGGGGAAAUCCUUCUGCUGGCGAUUAACCAUCUCCAGGCUAUUCCUGAGCUGGUUGAGAUGGCUAAAAUGUUCCUGAACAUGCCAUUUAGUAAAUCCAACAUCUAUCUGUGGCAUACUGUGGUGCUCACCUAUGGUUCUCUGGUGUACAAGCAUUGUGCCUAUUAUACCCCCUGUCCAAUAAAUGCUGUCCAGCCACUGCUGAAUAUGGCCAUGGAAAGUCUGAGGAAUGGAAAUGAGGCAGACAUGGUCAUCGCUCUGAAAGCUCUGGGGAACGCAGGUCAUCCAGGCAGCAUUAAAACCAUCAUGCGCUUCCUCCCCGGUGUUGCUGCCACCCCGGUGGAUCUCCCACCUCGUGUGCUGAGUGCUGCUGUGCAGUCUAUGAGACUGAUAGCUGCCAGAGACCCUCACAGUGUCCAAGACAUCACCAUGAGUCUGUUCCUGCAAAAGAACCUUCCCACUGAGAUACGCAUGCUGGCUUUCAUGAUCCUGUUUGACACUAAGCCACCGUUGGCUCUGGUGUCCACAGUAACCGCACAUCUACAGGAGGAAAAAGACCUCCAUGUUAUUAGUUUUGCAUACUCCUACUUGAGAAGCUUUGCCAGAUCCAGUACUCCAGAAAAUCACUUCCUCUCAAUUGCCUGCAAUGUAGCCGUGAAAAUCCUGGCCCCUAAGUUUGGUCGUCUCAGCUAUCACUACAGCAAAGCAAUGCGCAUGGACUGGUUUAAUGAUGAUUUCCUAAUUGGUACAGCCGCAGAAGUCUUCAUGCUAAGAAGUGCAACAAACAUCUUUCCCACUGAAAUCAUGAUGAAAGGAAAAUUCUUUUUCAUCGGUAGAAUUCUGCAGCUAAUGGAGUUGGGUAUCCGUGCUGAAGGGAUUAAGGAGCUGUUUGGCACCAGCAUCCCUGGUUUUACAGGAGAUCUUAGUUUUAGUGACUUUCAGGCUAUUUUCAAUGUGCUUCAAAACUGGGAAAUUCUGCCCAAUGAUAAGCCUCUCCUUUCUGCCUUUUCACGCGCCUCUGGACAAGAGUGGUUCUUUGCUGAUAUUAACAAAGACUUCAUUCAGAACAUCAUCAGGGCUGUCACUCCUUCAGCAGGGAAAGAAAGCCCUCUGUGGGCUGUGAUUGAGGAUUUACAGAGGGGAGUAUCGUGGCACUGGACAAAGCCCUUCUUAAUCUUUGAGGUUCGCUACUUCCAAGCUACCACUCUGGGUCUCCCACUGGAGAUUAGCAAAUAUUAUGAAUCCGUCAAUGGGAUCACUGUCAAUGCCAAAGCAGCAGUAAAUCCACCACUGACUGAACAUCUUGCACAACUGUUGAAUUCUGAAAUUUCACUGGAGACAGACGGUUUUAUUGGUUUCACAAAGGAUCUUUGGGUUUUCUACGGGAUCAACACAGACCUGUUCCAGUGUGGUUCUGAGUUAAAGAGCAAAAUGCCCCUUGCUAUCCCGUGGAAGUUUUCUGCCAAGAUCAACGUCAGAGAAAAGAAGUUUGAACUCGACUUCCUUCCGUGCAAAAAAGAGUUUGAAGUCUUUUCAGUCAGCUCCAAUGUUUAUGCAGUCACCAGGAACAUUGAAGAGCCAACUUUGGCUAAAAUGACUCCAAUAAUGCCUAACGCUAUUGACUCCAAUGAUGAAGUUGUCCACAUGGGCCCCACAGUUGUGAGGCCUGAGCCAGAGCAGAUGCUGACACCAAACACCUGGCAUCCAAUAGCCAAAAUGUGUGCCGAGAGUAACAUUUAUGGAGCUGGUCUCUGUGUGGAAUCUGAGUUAAGGAGAGAGUAUUAUCAUGAGGAAUAUCCCCUGUACUAUUUCCUGGGAUACACCCAUCUGGCAUUCAAAGUAGUCCCAGCCCAGGCAAUCAAAGCUGUUGACAAAAUCCACUUUGAGGUUAAUGCCGGCCCGAGCAGACAUCCAAUGAGUGCACGCCAACUGCUUGACACUCUGAGGAGGCUUUCCAAGGAAGCCACCCAGCGAGUACGCCUGUCCUCUGAUUCAGCCUCAAGUGUCAGAGGAUCUCCUAACAACCAUCAAGACUACCUAAUGGAAGGCUGGAACUCAACACCUGAAGCUGUGUUUAACAUCAAAGCCUUUGCUAUGAGUGGCAACCAGAAGCCCGAGGGUUACGAUGCAGCCAUCUACUACACACCUGAGGCAAACAUUCAGAACGCCCAACUGAUUGUGUCCCAGGUUGGAGAAGACACCAACUGGAAGAUGUGUGUUGACACUAUUGUGCAUGCCCACGCCGAGGCAAAGGCACACAUCAGAUGGGGAGCUGAAUGUCAAACCUAUGAAAUGUCAAUGAGAGGUGCAACAGCACAUCUGCCUGGUUCCAAGCCAACCCUCAAGGCCAAAGUACACUGGGCAAGGAUCCCUGAAACCAUGGCCGACAUGGGCAGAGGAAUUGAAAGCUACAUCCCGGGCAUGGCUUUCCUUCUCGGUUUCUCCGAGCAACAUGAGAGAAAUGCCAAGCAGGAGGUUUCUGCAUCAGUUGUUGCCGCCUCAGCAGACAGCAUCGAUAUGAAGAUUAAAUUCCCAGAGUAUACAGUCUUCCGCCAGGCUAUUCCGGUUCCACUGCCACCUGCCAGUUUUCUGGAGUUUCAGCAAGACAUCAGAAACACAACAAUAGACAGCUUUGGACGUGCAUAAAAACAUAAAGACAACAAAGCCCAGAUGGGAGCCAGAUGCCUCUUUUCACAGUGAUAACACCGCAACCAAAAUCUCACCACCGUGAUGAAAGUGAGGAUCAUAAAAGAUGCAUCAGUAAUCCGUCAGAUGUCACCAGUUUGGAAAUAACCUGUAAAGGUCCUGAUUUAUUCAUUUGAAAGCAUGUUAAUAUUUGAACAACCUCUUUUGACGAAACAUUCAGUGAAUUCAUGCUUAUGUUCCAAAAUAUCUAAUCUUCAUAAUACUGGAUUUACCAAAAAAAACUGUCUCAGCAAGUUUUAUUUUUUUAUUCUGAUUAUGUCAGAAUAAAUCCUUUGUUCAUCCAAA